AGAAACGAAUUGCCACCUACUGGAAAAAUAUCAGUAAGAUCUCGCAUUCCAACAGACAAAAGAAAUUCCCUGCAUUACAACGAGGUGUCAAAGCUGUGCUGACUUUGGCUCGUGGCAGCGCUGACAUAGAAAGAGGUUUCUUACAGAGUGGGAAAAGUGUAACCGCUGACAGAGUGAAGCAUCCAUCAACGCUCUCUGCUGUACAGCAGAUGGACUGAAGCUCUUCGGCAACAAGCCCCACACAGUGACAAUCACGAAAGAGUUUAUAGCCAAGGGACGAUCUGCUCACAUGCACUAUGUGAAUCGGAUUGAAUAAGAACGACAGAAGAAGGAAGAUGAUCGGCGUAAACGAAAACUUCAAGAGGAUGAGAGGAAAGAAAAGGACGAAAGAGACAGAAGAACAACACAAAUGAGCAACGACCUGAAAGACAGGCAUGGCGAGCUAGCCAAAGAAGAAACUGCACAUCAGGAGAAGUUAGAUGUUGGAAACACACUUCUCGUGGAGGCCAACUAUAAACUUAAGAAAGCCAUUGCAUCGAAGAACCUGAAGGAAGCCUCUGUGGCGCAGACCGGCCAUGACUGAGGCUGCAAAAUAUAGCAACCUUAACAGUCAUGAUGUCAUAACAGACAGCAUCCCAGUGUUCUUCCACGACAUGUGAUACCUCUCUCUACGUAACACAUCUGCCCUCGUGAGUUGUUCCAUCUAGUCAAGAACCAUGCAUCUUCCUACUAAAGAGCAGCUUCGGGGGAUGGCGUAAGUCGGACGUUGAAACGACGACAUCCACACAAAAGCUCCUGCAGGGGGCGCCUGUGAUACGCCUCGAGUCGCCCACUCUGUUUGCGCCGCGCCGCCGUCGCCAAGAUGGAAAACGAUGACUUUCUAGUGGGCAUCAUCGAUGACAUCAUCGCGCAUCAGUUCACGCCGCAGCUGCCGAGUCAGCGGCGUUCAUUCGCGGCCGAGGACGAGCUGCGGACGAUCGACUGGCACAUGCUGGACAAGCACAAGUUCUACCCGCUCAGCAUGACGACUUCGUUCAGCAUCCGCUGCCUGCUCUACCCGUUCACGGUCAUCAAGACACGCCUGCAGAUCCAGCGGCAGAAGACGCUCUACAAGGGAACGUUCGACGCUUUCUACAAGAUCCUGCGCUACGAGGGACCGACGGGUCUCUACAAGGGCUUCUGGAUCAACAGCAUCCAGGUUGUGUCCGGCGUUGGAUACGUCACGACGUAUGAGGGAGUGCGGCACAUGCUGUCGACUUACACCAGUUUGAAGGACAACAAGAAGAUCCAGGCGAUGGCAGGGGGAGCCUGCGCGUCCCUCGUCGGGCAGACGAUCAUCGUCCCGUUUGACGUCGUCUCGCAGCACAUGAUGGUGAUGGGUCAAUUCUCCGGACGCAACCGGCCGUCGCAGGUCACCGUGCCGACCCUCGGCAUCACCGUAGACCUGCGUAGAGGCAGCACGUUCAACGUCUCCAUGGCGAUCAUCAGGGAGCUGUACAAGAACGAUGGCCUCGGGGGAUUCUACCGCGGCUACGGGGCCUCCAUCAUGUGCUUUGUGCCAAACAGUGCACUCUGGUGGAUGUUCUACCACUUAUAUGCAGAUGCGCUAAAUCACCUGACGCCAAACUACGUUCCACAUCUACUAAUUCAGUGUGUAGCUGCACCACUAGGUGGAGCCACUACAGCUUUAUUGACAAACCCUCUAGAUAUCACCAGAGCCAGAAUUCAGGUGGAGCGGCAUCCGUUGAUGUGGACGGUACGGAAGCUGUGGAGGCAGGAGAGGAUGGCUAUCUUCACGAAGGGUUUGAGCGCCCGCAUCAUCCAGUCUCUAUGCUUUUCAUUCUUCAUCAUCCUCGGCUACGAAAGCAUCAAACGCAUGAGCGUGAAAGAGGAGUAUAAAAGCGAGGUUCAUUGGUGAAAUAAUUAGUGAGGUGAGGAAUGCAGAAAAGUAAAUAAAAAGCAGCAGUUGCCCUGGUAUUAGGCGCGAAUUGUAGUCAGCCUCUAUUUUAUAUUUGACAGUUUUUAGUUCCGAUAUGUGUGGAUAUAGGAAAUUGAUUAAAUGUCAAAGAUAGAAUAGUAUCCAUCUAAUAAUGUAACACACGGUGAGUUGGAGUAAACCUCUUGUUAAGUACCUGCAAUGUGAGUUUGAACUUCUAUCAGCCAUCGUAAAGUCACUAGGGUAGAGCAAGUCUAAGCUAGUCAUGAAGGGUAAAUUAAUAGGUAGGUAGAUGUUGAGUAUACUAGAUGCUGACUGAGUGAUGUAUUUGGAGAUUCUUUUGGCAAGUUAUGAGCUGUAGCACAGGGAACCACGUUCUCUUGGGCAAACCACAAUUAAGACUGGUUAAAGGCUUCCAUAUUUAUCUAGGUGGGUGAUAUGGUAUUUAAAUGAGUUGUGGUAGAGAUUUCACUGCCUUGUUGAUGUCAAAACAUAUAUAACUGUAACACUAUCUCACUGCAUGCCAAUCAGAGCCACUGGUAGUGAUAAUUUCAAGAAUUAGUUUUACUAAUGUUUUCAAUUGUUAUAGUGUCUAGAGCCGUGAUACUUAGUGAUCAUGUAGAAGUAUAGGCAGUCAUAUUUUUCUAGUACAUAAAAUUAGGAAGUAUCAUAACUUGUAGGAUUGUGCUUGCAUUUGCUAGUUUACUAAUUAAUUAUAACAAUUAGUAAGGACAACCAGGCUACUUGAUGAGUGAUGUCGAAACAUCCGUAGGUUACUUGGUAAUGGGAAAUUCAUUGCAUGCAGUGUAUAAAGUAAAUGUGAGUAGGAGGUAGCUAGCAUCACAAUGCAUGUUUCAGAGAUAUAGUGCGGUGACAUUAAUUUCAUUCGUGAAUGGCAGCAGCUGUUUAAUGUUAGCAGUUCUGCUUAACAAUGUACGUAUAUUUUAAUGCUAAGUGGCAAUCUGUGCAGUGGCCGGCACAAUGUACGUAGCGAAUGUUUUUGGAGAAAAAGUCCAUUGAAGUGCAAGCUAUGCUUAUGCUUAGUUGCAAUAAUUUUAACUGUUAUACAUAUAUUUGUCCGACAGAUAUAUGUUUAUAGUGUUCUGCGUCCGGUUAUUUUAUGAGCUGAUAUAUUGUGUAGACAGCAAUUCAGAUAGAUGUGAAGGAGACCAGGGUGGCUACUGUGGUGUAACCGUGUUCUAUGUGCUGAUGCUGUCAUUUCGCUGCAGUGAAGGCUGCGUGAGGAUCCUUACAUGCUUUAUAGAAUGUGAUUAAAUAUAUAUGUUAUUAGGAGUGAAUAAAAACAAAGUUUGUUUUCAUUCACUCCUGAUGUUAUAUGUAUACGUGAUACACGCUGAAGCAUGACAUAUAUAUAUAGAACGCAUUACCGUAUGUGUUACAUGUAUGUUAUAUAUGUUAUGCAUAUAUGGUUUAUGUAUAUGUUAUGUAUAUUAGCUUUGUCAUGAAUUUUUUCUUUUUAGUGCAUAUUUUUUGUAGGCAGAUAUUCCCUAUUGUUGUUGCACCAAGCAGAAGAAGUAAAGACAUAAUAUAUUAGUGCUCACUGUAAGUGUGUGCUAAAUUUGCAAAAUACCACACAUGGCCAGUGUAACCGUGCACAUUAGCUGGGCAGUAAGUUAUAUCUGCAUCGUGUCGCGAUAGUUUUAUAGUCUGUAGGAUUCGCCUACAAGCAAUACAACACUUCCUAGCAAAACGUU